UGUCUUAUCUCCUCGAGUAAUAGAAAAUGGCGUCUACCAGCAUGAGAAGAAUUUUCCUUUUAGUUUCAUUUCUUGAUUUAUUUGUUGUCGGAUUUUGUGAUGAUUUUUCGCUGAAACCUAUCAUCAGAAAAGUAAGAGCUGAGGAAACUUUAAGUGAUGAUGAGAGAACAGUUUUGGCUAGGGCUGAUGAACGUGAUCUUCCACCAUCAUUACAAAGACUUGUACGGGACACACUAACAGGAGAACAUCUUUGCUGCAGAAAUACCCCACUACCAUUGGUUACCAAAUCUCGGUCCGUUGCAAGGCACCAUCUGGUUCAUGAUAAACCAGUAACAACAUACGUAACUGAAUACUAUAAAGAGGUUGUUGAACGCUCAUGUCCUCAGGAACACAUCGUUUGUUGCAACAUGUACAUUAUGGUGGCAUACAAAUGUGUUUAUUUGAGAGAUCUCCAUGAAGUUGCGGUAUCCCUUCUGGGUUGAAUAUAGAACGGAUUGCUGUAUAUUGAGAUUAAG